AGAUUGACUGACCAUAUGCAGUCUCCCACCAUCAUGAAUUCCAGGAUCCUGUCUGCUAGGGGCUGGUUCAGCACCCAGCCAUCCACUUCUGAGCCUAACCUUGAGACUGCCACAGAUGGGCCAGCCUCUGAGACCACCACGCUCAGCCCAGAAGCCACCAGCUUUAAUGACACCAGAAUGUCUGGCGUGGGUAGUGGCACAGCCGGCGUGGGCACAAUGCUUCUGUCCUUUGGGAUCAUCACGGUGAUUGGCCUGGCUGUGGCCAUGGUUUUGUACAUCAGGAAGAAGAGGCUGGAGAAGCUGCGCCACCAGCUCAUGCCGAUGUACAACUUCGACCCCACGGAGGAACAAGACGAACUGGAGCAGGAGCUGCUGGAGCACGGGCGGGACGCCGCCUCCGCGCAGGCCCUUCAAGGCAAGACCACGCUCCCAUCUCAGGGCCCGCUGCAGAGGCCCAGCCGGCUGGUGUUCACCGACGUAGCCAAUGCCAUCCACGCCUGAGUGAUCCAGGGACAGCCUGGACCUCUGGUGAAGACACCUGCCUCAGAGCCCACAGAGCUGCCUACUCUCAGGACCUGCCCUGCCAAGGCCCCAGCUGUUCCGAGGACCCACCUGCUGACUCUCCAGGCUGGGCAUCUGGCCACUGACAUCCCCUGAUGUGAGGGCCCUAUCGUGGAGGGCAUCCCUCCUGUCAGGAAGGCCGAGACUCAGUGCUGGCUUCCUUGCGCUUUGCCCAGACCCCACAUCAGGCUUCUCCUCUAAUGUAGAAGCCGUGGAGGAAACAUGGGAUGGGAGGGGAGGAGUGUAGGGAGAGACCUGUCUUUGGAAUCUGGAGCCUCCUCUGGGGUGGGAGAGCUAACCACCCAGGUCUUGGGGACGGUGUGGUGGCACCCAGGGAUGGAGCUGAAACUGCCCAAUGGGCAAGGUGGCCAGGAGGGGGGCUACUCAUACCCAAAGUAGGUCCAUAUUGCAGAGUGUUAACGAGAUCUCCCAGCCACCCCUUCCUGGCAGCCAGCUGUUGGCUGGGCUCAAAGAAUGUUGGAAGCUGAGGGGGAAAUGGGUGUGGAAGUGGGGGUACAGAGGCAGUGCCCAGACCUACGGAAUGGCCUCACGCAUAUGCAUGAAUGUGCCCACGCACAGACGUGUGCCAGUCCCAGCACAGGAGGAGGGAUGUACACCCUCUGCAUUGGCUCCACCCUCAAAUCACCCAACACCCCAGGGUGUGUGGAGGAGCAUGGGGUAGGCUACCUCUGCCCUCAGUGCUCCGGGGCUGAAGGAGGAGGGAAGGAAAAGUUGAGCGUGCAGCUGCCCCCCAUCUCUUCACUGGGCUCUAAAAGCCAGGGAACCUGCUUAUGCCAAUGGCUCCUUGUCUGGCCGUACACUGGGGGUCCGGGGCUGGGGUGGCUAUGGGGCUGAGAGCCAUGGUCACAGACUGUGGGCUAACGGGGGAUGUUCUGACGGCCCGGAAUGGGCUGGGGAGCGCCUCCUGGGGAACAGACCUAAGAAACCUAGUCUAUUUUUUUAUCAUACCCCCUACCCACCCCCCAUUGUCCAUCCACCCCAUACCCCUCAGGAAUUCUACCAGUCUGGGGCACCUGGGCAAGGCAUUGGGCCAAACCGGACCCCAGGAGCUGGGCACUUUUCUAUGCUGGGCAUGCAGCACACCUGAGCACGCACAGAAGCAUGCCCGUGCCCAGCCUCGCCACGUCGCUGUCCUCCGCUGGUUGGAGGGGACGCGGGGGCAGCAUGUACAAUUCUGCUGGGUAAAUUCCACAUGUCGGGAUGUGAGGGACUAGGUGGCCCACACGGGGAAGAUUCUGGAUGUUUCCUCCUCCAGAUGCUAUAAAUAUAUUAUCACUUCAACCUCUGGAGGGCUGCGGGUAACUCAGGAUGUGCAGAGGCUGUGCUUGAACUCACAGCAUCGC